GCCCGGUAUAUAAAGGGCGGCGCAGCGGCCGCGGCCCCAUUGUUGUCGGGGAGCGGCGGCGGGGCGGGUCCGCGCGGAGCCCAGCGCCCAGCGCCCCCGGAGCCGCCCCGCCCGCGGACACGGGCCGUGGGGAGCCCGCCGGCAGCUCCGGCUCCGAGCAGGUGGCCGAGCCCCAUCCCUCCUGCCGGCUCUCCAUGCGAAACGCGGCCAAAUGGAUGCGAUCGCGAGCGCCGGCCUCAAGAGGAAAUUCGAGGAUGCGGACGUGGGCUCGGCCGGCUCCAACUCGGACGACGAGAUCUCCAACAGCGACAGCGCCGACAGCUGCGACAGCGUCAACCCCGCCAGCUCCUCCGGCUUCAUCCCCACCUCCAUCCUGAAGCGGCAGAAGCAGCUCCGCAGGAAGAAUGUCCGUUUCGACCAAGUCACCGUCUACUACUUUGCGCGGCGCCAGGGUUUCACCAGCGUCCCCAGCCAGGGCGGCAGCUCCCUGGGGAUGGCGCCGCGCCACAACUCCGUCCGUCGCUACACCCUCUGCGAGUUCGCCCAGGAGCAGGAGGUGAACCACCGGGAGAUCCUGCGGGAGCACCUCAAGGAGGAGAAGCUGCACGCCAAGAAGAUGAAGCUCACCAAGAACGGGACGGUGGAGUCAGAGGAGGCGGAAGGGCUGACGCUGGAGGACGUUUCGGAUGACGACAUCGACGUGGAGAACGUAGAAGUGGACGACUAUUUCUUCCUGCAGCCGUUACCAACCAAACGGCGCCGGGCUUUGCUUCGAGCCUCCGGCGUUCACCGGAUCGAUGCCGAGGAGAAGCAGGAGCUGCGCGCCAUCCGCCUCUCGCGCGAGGAGUGCGGCUGCGACUGCCGCCUCUACUGCGACCCCGAGGCCUGCGCCUGCAGCCAGGCCGGCAUCAAAUGCCAGGUUGAUCGCAUGUCCUUCCCAUGCGGCUGCUCGCGGGACGGCUGCGGGAACAUGGCCGGUCGCAUCGAAUUCAAUCCCAUCCGGGUGCGGACUCACUACCUCCACACCAUCAUGAAGUUGGAGCUGGAGAACAAGCGCCAAGGCGGGCGAUCGGCAGCGACGACGACAACCGAGGAGGAGGCAGCAGCAGCCGCCGCCGUCGCUCCCGGCUCUGCCGGCGACUGGCUGGGCCCGCCGGCCGAAACGCAGGACUUCCAGGAAUUCAUGGCAGAGAACGAGACGGCCGUGAUGCACCUGCAAACGGCCGAGGAGCUCGACAGGCUGAAGGCUGAGGAAGACUCCAGCAACGCUUCCAGCGUGGAGAGUUUGGGCGUUUGCAUCCUGGAGGAGCCGCUGGCCGUGCCGGACGGGUUGUGCCCUCCUUUGGCCGCGCCCAUCCUCAUCCAAGCGCAGUUACCUCCGGGCUCAUCCGUUCUGUGCUUCGCCGACGGCUCGGAGCCCGCGGCAUCGCCGGGCGCUCAACCCUACUUGAACGAUGGCCCCGUGCUCUACUACCAGGUGGAGCCGCGGCCGAGCGCCAAAGCCGCCGAGAGCAGCGCGGCACAACCGCCCGAGAAGGAUCCCGUUGGCCGAGCCAACGCCGCCAAGGGCGAAGCAUCCAAAAAUCCUUCGUCGUCACCGGAGAGCGUGCCGGCCUCCGAGGGCUGCCGAGCGGGCGCUGCUCCGCGCUGCCCGUGUGCCCCAAUCCCAGCCGAGCCAGCGCCGGAGCAGGACCGGGAGCUGGCGGCCGGCGAGGGGCCCGUCCUGCCCGUGUGAGCCGCGCCGGCCGCUCAGCGCUCCGUUAUUUAUUGCCGAUGGCUUUUGUGGACCGGCAGCGGUCACCGGGGUUAUUUAAUGGGGGAGCGGCGCUGCUUUGGACACAGUCUCCCCCGGGAAUUCCCGCUUGCCCGGUUUUCCCGGCUUGGCCGAUGCCGGCAGCCGCUCGGUUGCCGCACGCCGGAUUUGGAGCCACCGGCUUCCCAUGGCAGCUCCUUCCCGUCCUCCAUUCCCGGAGCUGCCGCUGGCUGCUGGGAGCCCUCUCCGCUCUUUUGGUUUUUAAGGGAAAAAGACCUUUUUUUUUCCUCUUUUUUCCGUUCUUUUACUGAAUGUUUACUGGGCCGCGGCACAAGCGGCACCUCCGAGUGCUGCCCCAGCCCCUUCCCUCCGGCCACCGCCGCCGGGACGGCUCGGGAAGGACCCGGAGCCGCCGCGGAGGUUCUCUCAUUGCACAAAAAGUGGGAGCGCUGCCCACAAACUCUCUUAGGAAUUCGGUGAGGGAGGGGUUUAACCAUCAGGAUUGGAAAAGACGGAGCCUUUGGCCACCGGUUUAGCUGUGAUGGAGAACCGUGUCCGUCUGUCUAUCCUCACAGCCGCCUCGAGGGGUGGGAAAAGGAUGGGAAAAGCACCUUCCGUGACUCCCCAGCACCGGGAUGGGAUCCCAGUUUGUGCUGGGGUAGGACAGGGCCGCUCCGAGCUCCCCUUUUUCGGCUUCAACCUCCGUCCCGGUUGGUGGAAGCAUCUCCGCUGCCCUUCGCGAUGAGCAGAGACGGUGUUUUUAAGGCGAGAAGCAGGAGGAGAGAGGAGCGAAGAAUCCCCCUGAGCUUCUUCCCGAGGGUUCCAUCCUCCUCGGCUGCCGCUCGUGCUUCUCCUCCUGCUCCCAUGGGAAUCAUCCGAGACGGAGAGCAGCGAAACCAGGGUGGAACCCACGGGCUGAGCCGUAGCGUUUGGUGCGGUUCGAGGCUCUUCUGCUCCCGGUGGUCCAAAGGGGCUGAAAUCCCUCUCGGCGCUCGGUGCCAACAGCUCCGGCUUUGGCAAAGCGGCUCCUCCUGUGCCCUCGGCUGCACUCAAGGGCUAAACCAGCGAGGACAAAAGCCUUAUCCCUCACCGGCGGCUUUUCCGCGGCCCUUCCCGGUGGGAGCUGCCUCCAUCCGUUUGGCCAUGGAGGUUUUCAGCUCCAAACCGGCCCAACUCCAGGCUGCGAAACCGGAGCAAAGAGCAACACUUGAAUGGGGUAAUCUUCGGGUUUGGGGUUUUUUUUUCCCCCUUUUUUAUUUCCAGCUGGCUCCGCGCUCCUUCCCGGCUCCGCAGCCACCGCACCUGCGCCUGGACUCGCUUACGCCGAGGCUGGAGGCUCCGUCUGCCGACAGAACGCAUCCCGCGGCGCCGCCCUCGCGCUACACAAAGAACCGGUUGAGUUUAUUCCAUUUUCACAAGGAUCCCGACGCGUUCCCAACAAGCGGGUUGUUUUUUUUCCUGCCUUUAUGGGUAUUUUCGGUUGGUUGAAGCAUCCUCACUGGCUCCUGUUCCAUACGUACGGUGCCGCGUGGGAAUGCCAACAACCCCUCUCCCCCGAUGGUGCUACCGGGAGCCCCGGCCUCACCGCAGCGCUGCCGUCCCGGCGUUUUCCAGCUCCGCGUUCUAUUUAAACCGCGCCACCGCACCCUCCCCCCCGUCUCACACUGCCUGAGGUGAACCCCACUUUUCAUUUCCCGGUGUGAAUCCAAAGCUUUGCCUCCGAAUAUUCCCCCUCCUUCGGCCUUUUCGGUUCUUUUCAUGGUGAUAAACGCUGUAUUUAAAGAGAAUAUUUAAGUGUAAAACUAAAAUAAACGCUCAAACUUGCACAGGGAGUCGCAUCUCCAAAGGCGUUAAAACCCAUCCGAGGAAUUCCUCGGGGCAGGGCUG